AUUAGUUUUAAGGAAAGCUGCAAUUUGAUACAAAGUUGGUAAUUUUUAUGCAAUUAACAUAACGACAUGCACCACCACCUGCGUACUUCAACGAUUACCUAAAAGAAACAGCCGUCAGCGAGGGAUGUGAUGUGCCAUUAACUCCCCGGGCCGACGAACAGCGACUUAACCAGCGGGGCAGCAGGCCGCAUUGAACCUCACGUCCGGUCAACCACCGUUUUUUCGCCCCAAUUUGAUUUCCUGGUUCGCAUCUUUAUCCCUGCACCCGAAACUUUAUUGGAUUUCGCGUUUGAUUUUUUCGCUGCAAGUUGUGCGCGCCUGCAUUUUGAGGAUUUUUUUAUGCGUGAAAUGACUUUGAUUAGCUGAUCGUUUGCCGGGGUUCGGCGUAUUAUUACAAUUGGAAGUUUUAGUUAGCUAGAGGUAGAUCGGAGUUCGAAAUGGAGUCCUUAAUUCAGCUGUGCGAUUUGAUCGCUGACAACCCGACUCAAUUCCAAGAGAAACUGAUGUGGAUGUGUGGCCGAUGUCCACCGGCGGAGGUAAUGCUUGCGGGGUCUCCUCGGGUUUCGAGGACACAGUUGAAUGCGGUCCUCGCGGUGGCUCGAUUCCUCUCAAGGUGCUCCAACGUCGUUGACAAAUUGCCCAGGUCACUCAUUAUUGCUUUUUAUCGCUCUAUUUGUUCUUCUUUCGACCCAUCGUUUUGGCCUCAGUCGUUUGGGAUCGACUCGAUUGCAUUAUUCUUUCAUGAUUUUCUGAGAUAUGUCUCAAAAGCAUCAGAUCUAUGCCCGGAAUUUGCCACAUAUAUCUCAGGGUUCACGGCUGAAAUUGUGAUAUCUGCAAUAGGCAAUGUAACUGGAGAUAUCAGGAUAUGCAAGGUGUUCUUGAAUGCCAUAUCUUUAAAUUUCCCUCCACUUGAUCCUCCUGAUGCGGAUAGGCUAAUUUUCUCCCUUCUUGAUCGGUUUGAGGUUUCCAUUCCAUGCUCUUCUCAAGAACUCAUUUCGAACACCUCAGCAGCAACCUCUGCUCAGAGCUCACCACUGAGUUUGGGCCAUGAUAGGUUGAGUCCUGGAAAUGAUAUCAGCAAUGUCUCUGGAUCAUCCGCUUGUUUAGUUUCCAGACUUGCCGAUGACCCCAUCAGCUCGCAGUCACCUAAGAGUAUCAUGGUAAAUGGAAGCAAUGGUCCUUGGAGGACCAAUGUGGACUUACUGGCAGCAAAUAUGGUCUAUAGUGAUAGUGGAGGAGGCAGUGUUUCGUACAAUCGAGCUAUUGCUGCUUUUGAGGAGGAGCCCUUAGAUAGCCUUGAGAAGAGGGAAAUAGCUUUCAAAUUGAUAGGACACAUAUUGGACAAAGUAUCAGUUGAUGCCAAACUUUUGGAGCAAGUUAGAAGCAUUGCUAGGGAGCAACUACAGUCAAUGGUGGCGUUUCUCAAGGUAAGGAAACAUGACUGGGCAGAACAGGGUCAAUCUCUGAAAGUUAGGAUCAACAGAAAGCUUUCAGCGUACCAAGCAGCUUCUAAGUUACAGAUUAAAACCUUUGUGACUAUAGAUUCUGAUGUGAAAUCAUCAAAGCGGUUGCUGCAUGAGGCUCUUAAAUUAUUGAUUGAGGCUGCUGAGGCGUGUUUGUUCUCACUGUGGCGAAAGUUAAAAGCUUGCGAAGAUCUGUUUGGCGCAUUGCUAGCUGGAAUUUCACAAGCUGCUACUGCUCGUGGUGGUCAGCUACUACGUGUUUCACUAAUCUGGUUUAAACCUCUUGUCCUAGCUGCAUGUGAUCAGGCUGACACCUGGUCCAGCAGUCGAGGGGCCAUGUUCGAAAGCCUCUUGAAAACUAGCUCUGAGAUAAUUGAAUUUGGAUUGAAAGCAGACCGAUCUCCAGUGGACACUUUUAUUAUGGGAUUGGCUACAAGUAUUCGGGAAAGAGAUGAUUACAGGGAAGAGCAAGAAAGGGAGAAAUGUGCAGCUUCUGCUAGUCAAUUGAAUGUUAUACGGCUGCUGGCUGACCUGAAUGUCAAAGUUAACAGGCCUGAAGUGGUUGACAUGAUACUUCCAUUGUUUAUUGAAAGCUUAGAAGAGGGUGAUGCUUCCGUUCCUGGAAGACUAAGGCUACGGCUUCUUGAUGCUGUUUCUCAUCUGGCGAGUUUAGGCUUCGAGAAAACCUAUCGUGAAGCUAUUGUUCUACUGAUACAGAGCUAUGUGAGCAAACUUACUAAUAUUGGAUCAGCUGAAAGUAGAACUUUGGCUCCAGAAGCUACCACAGAACGUGUUGAGACAAUUCCUGCAGGAUUUCUUCUGAUUGCCAGUAGACUAGUCAACCCUAAGUUGCGAUCAGAUUACCGUCACCGGCUGUUGUCAUUGUGUUCAGAAGUGGGCUUGGCCGCUGAGGCAAAAAGUGGAAGGAGUGGUGCAGAUUUUCUUGGGCCUCUACUUCCUGCUGUUGCUGAGAUAUGCUCAGAUUUUGAUCCGAGUGUAGAUAUUGAACCCGCAAUUCUCAAGCUAUUUAGAAAUUUAUGGUUUUAUGUUGCUCUCUUUGGGUUAGCUCCACCAAUACAGAAAAAUCAAGGUAUACCAAAGCCUGUUUCCACUAUUCUAAACAGCGUAGGCAGCAUGGGAACAAUUGCACUCCAAGCAGUCAGUGGGCCUUAUAUGUGGGAUUCUCAGUGGUCUUCUGCUAUCCUGCGCAUCUCCCAGGGGACCCCACCCCUUGUUGUGAGCUCUGUCAAAUGGCUUGAAGAUGAAUUGGAACUUAAUGCUCUUCAUAACCCAGGUAGCCGAAGGGGGAGUGGAAAUGAAAAAGCUGCUGCAAAUCAGAGGACUGCCCUUUCUGCUGCUUUGGGAGGACACUUGGAGGCUUCAGCAAUGAGCACCAUUUCAGGCGUGAAGACAACGUAUCUACUCGCGGUAGCAUUUUUAGAGAUCAUACGGUUUAGUAGCAAUGGUGGUAUCCUGAAUGCUGGCCAUGGUUCUACUGCUUCUCGGAGUGCUUUCAAUUGUGUCUUUGAAUACUUGAAAAGCCCUAAUCUUAUGCCAUCAGUUUCUCAGUGCUUAACAGCAAUUAUCUACCGGGCCUUUGAGACAGUAUUAGACUGGCUGGAUGACCGAAGAUCGGAGACUGGGAAGGUUGCUGAGACUAGAGAGUCUACCUUGUCUGUCCAUGCUUGUUUUUUAAUAAAAAACUUAUCUCAGAGGGAUGAACAUGUUCGAAAUAUCUCGGUUAAUUUACUGAAUCAACUUAAGGAUCGAUACCCUCAGAUUUUAUGGAACUCUUCUUGUUUGGAUUUGCUGCUAUGUUCUGUACAAAAUGAACCUUCUUCAACUCUUGUAAGUGAUCCUGCUUGGGUUGCUACUGUCCGUUCUUUGUACCAGAAGACUGUUCGGGAAUGGAUAGUUGUGUCACUAUCAUAUGCUCCAUGCACCACUCAGGGCCUUCUUCAGGAAAAGCUCUGCAAAGGGAACACUUGGCAAAAAACACAUCCAACUAAAGAUGUUGUUUCUCUUCUAUCUGAGAUUAAGAUUGGUACUGGUAAGGACAACUGUUGUACUGGCACAAAAACUGCAAAUAUUCCUGCUGUCAUGGCUUCGGCUGCUGCAGCAUCUGGUGGAAAUUUAACACUGACAGAGGCAUUUAAUUUGGAGGUGCUAAGUACUGGAAUUGUUAGUGCUACUGUGAAAUCUAACUAUGCUGGGGAGAUUGCUGGAAUGCGAAGGAUAUAUGAGGGCAUUGGCGGGCUUGGUUCUAAUUUCCUAACAAUGGGAAAUGGGUGCAAUCUUGAUCCCCCAACCCCUGGAUCUAUAGCCACCUUUCAAGACUCUCAGACCAAAAGUGUUUCUUUUCGUGAGUUAUUACUUGUGAGGUUUGUUCACCUACUUCAGAAGUUCGUUAACAUAGCAGAGACAGGUGCUGAGGUAGAUAAAUCAUCAUUUCGUGAAACAUGUUCUCAAGCUUCUGCUUUACUUCUUUCAGACAUGGGUUCAGAUUCAAAGUCUGUUGAGAGCAUUACAAAGCUUCUACGUCUUCUGUGCUGGUGCCCAGCUUACAUUUUAACACCUGAUGCAAUGGAGACAGGUAUAUUUAUCUGGACAUGGUUGGUUUCAGCAGCUCCUCACCUGGGGCCGCUUAUCCUCUCUGAACUUGUUGAUGCAUGGUUGUGGACGGUUGACACUAAACGGGGUCUUUUUGCAUCCGAGUCACGGUAUUCUGGACCUGCUGCUAAGUUAAGGCCUCACCUGUCUCCCGGGGAGCCAGAAUUACCUCCAGAGAAGGAUCCUGUUGAACAGAUAAUGGCCCAUAGACUAUGGAUUGGAUUUUUUGUUGAUCGCUUUGAGGUGGUGCGACAUAAUAGUACUGAACAGCUUUUACUAUUAGGUCGAUUGCUACAAGGAACCACAAAACUCUCUUGUAACUUUUGUCACCACCCUGCUGCUUCUGGAACCUUCUUCACUCUCAUGCUUUUAGGGAUAAAGUUUUGCUCUUGCAAGUCACGGGGUAGUCUACAAAACUUUGCGCCGGGGCUUCAGUUACUGGAAGAUAGGAUUUACAGGGUUGCGUUGAACUGGUUUUCCCACCUACCUGAAUGGUAUGACAUGGGUAAUAACAAUUUUGCAUUGAGCGAGGCUCACUCAGUUUUUGCGUUUGUCAAUCAUCUUUUGAAUGAACCAGUGGAUGCUCAGCUUGUUAGGAAGGGACAAGGAUCAGAAAAUGGAAGCUCUUUUAAUAAUGUGAAAGAUCACUGUCACCCUAUUUGGGGUCAGAUAGAAAACUACACUGUUGGAAGAGAGAAGCGGAAACAGUUACUUUUGAUGUUAUGCCAGCAUGAGACCGACAGACUUGAUGUUUGGGCACAACCCAUUGUUACCAAGGAAAGCGUUUCACGGCCUAAAGUUAGCACAGAUAAAUUGGUUGAGUAUGCUAAGACCGCCUUCUCUGUUGAUCCCCGGAUAGCUUUAUCACUUGCAUCAAGAUUCCCCACAAAUAAUGCUCUAAAAAGUGAAGUGGCUCAGUUGGUUCAGUUGCACAUACUAGAAAUUCGCAACAUACCAGAAGCUUUGCCAUACUUUGUCACUCCUAAGGCCGUUGAUGAAAAUUCAUCACUUUUGCAACAAUUGCCACACUGGGCUGCUUGUUCAAUCACAAUGGCUUUGGAGUUCCUUUCACCACCAUACAAGGGCCAUCCUCGGGUGAUGGCUUAUGUUCUAAGGGUGUUGGAAUCUUAUCCUCCUGAUCGUGUGACUUUCUUCAUGCCUCAACUGGUGCAGGCUUUAAGAUAUGAUGAAGAGAGAUUGGUAGAAGGAUACUUACUUAGAGCUGCACAUCGAAGUGACGUGUUUGCUCAUAUUCUGAUAUGGCAUUUACAGGGAGAGAAAUGCACACCAGAAUCUGUGAAAGAUGCUUCUGCAAAGAACAACACGUUUCAGGCACUGUUGCCGGCAGUUAGGCAGCAUAUAAUUGACAGUUUCAGUCCUAAUGCACUUGAUGUCUUUCAAAGAGAAUUUGAUUUCUUUGACAAGGUCACAUCUAUAUCCGGUGUUCUGUAUCCACUUCCAAAGGAGGAAAGAAGAGCUGGAAUUCGAAGGGAAUUAGAGAAAAUUCAGGUGCAAGGGAAUGACCUCUAUCUACCUACUGCUCCGACUAAACUUGUCAGAGGUAUUCAAGUUGACAGUGGAAUCCCUUUACAAUCAGCAGCAAAGGUUCCUAUCAUGAUAACAUUUAACGUGGUGGAUCGAGAUGGGAGUGAAAAUGAUAUAAAGGCCCAGGCAUGCAUAUUCAAGGUUGGAGAUGAUUGUCGGCAAGAUGUUCUUGCUCUACAAGUCAUUUCUCUUCUCAAGGAUAUAUUUGAAGCUGCUGGGCUUAAUCUCUAUCUGUUUCCUUAUGGAGUUCUCCCAACGGGCCCAGAGAGAGGAAUAAUUGAGGUUGUACCUAACACGAGGAGCCGAAGUCAAAUGGGAGAGACAAAUGAUGGGGGAUUGUAUGAGAUUUUUCAACAGGAUUAUGGACCAGUUGGUUCUCCUGGUUUUGAAGCUGCUCGAAAGAACUUCAUCAUUAGUUGUGCUGGCUAUGCUGUUGCUAGCCUUUUGCUUCAACCAAAGGAUAGACAUAAUGGGAACCUUUUAUUUGACAAUGUUGGGAGGUUAGUGCAUAUCGAUUUUGGUUUUAUCUUGGAGACUUCACCUGCUAGAAAUAUGGGAUUUGAAAGCGCUCACUUCAAGCUAAGUCAUGAGAUGACUCAACUAAUUGAUCCAUCUGGAUCGAUGAAAAGUGACUCGUGGUAUCAAUUUGUAAGCUUGUGUGUGAAGGGGUACCUGGCUGCACGCCGCUACACGGAUGAGAUAAUAAAUACAGUGUUAUUGAUGAUAGACAGUGGACUGCCUUGCUUCAGUAGGGGGGACCCGAUAGGGAAUCUUCGCAAGAGAUUCCAUCCUGAAAUGAGUGAACGGGAAGCAGCCAUCUUUAUGAUUAGGACGUGCACCGAUGCAUAUAACAAUUGGAGUACUGCUGGGUAUGAUUUGAUACAGUAUAUUCAGCAGGGCAUUGAGAAAUGAUUGAUUUAUUUACAUAUAGGAUGAUCAAUCCUUAUGAUGAAGCCCCCUUUGGGGGUCUUCUUCCCUUGAUGUAAAUUUUGACCAAUUGUAAGUCAUCACAAACAUAUAGCUGUUUAUAUAAUACGGAGUAUAUAAUGUAUCACGUAGGACCCCCCUUUCUUUCAUUUUCCCUGUUUCUUUUUUUUUUAUCCCAAAAAUUUCAGUGUUUAGAGGUAGAUUUACACUUUUCUGUAUUCGUUGAUGCUUGGGUUGUAGACAUGUAACUUAUACAGGAAAUUAUGAGUUGUGAUUAUGUAGUUCAAUUUUUUUUUCACAGUUAGAGGGUGGUCAGUGGACAACUAAAUUUAUAUGGGAUAAUUAAUUGUACCUUGUAACUUACGAAUCUUGUCGCAG